AUGGAGCAAAAGUUUCGUAAAGGGAAGAACCAUGGAGUUGGGGUGCUCACCAGUGGCGGCGACUCGCAAGGAAUGAAUGCAGCGAUCCGAGCGGUGGUUCGUGAAACCCUUCGUCAGGGACAUCGUUGCUACCUAAUUCGUGAAGGCUACACUGGACUGAUAACUGGAAAUAUCGAGCAAGCCAGUUGGGGCCACGUGGCAAAUGUUACACAUCUCGGUGGAAGUAUGAUUGGAACAUCUCGAUGCGAUGAGUUCCGAAUUACUGAAGGACGGAAAAAAGCGGCGGAGAAGAUGUUCGAAAAACGGAUUUUCCAUCUGAUUGUGAUCGGAGGCGAUGGCUCACUGAUGGGUGCUCAGAAGUUGAAAGAGGAAUGGGGACGGUUUGGAGAGGAGUUGUUUGCAGAGGGGAAGAUAACGGAAGAGGUGGCAAAUGAGGGGAGAGAACUCCAUUUGGCUGGAAUAGUUGGAUCAAUCGAUAAUGAUUGUAUUGAAUCGGAUAAGUCUAUUGGAUCAGACACGGCACUACAUCGUAUCUGUGAGGCUAUUGACGGACUUGUGAUGACUGCGCAGUCUCAUCAGAGAGUUUUUGUGGUGGAAGUUAUGGGAAGACACUGCGGGUACUUGGCGUUGACUGCAGCGAUUGCGGUAGAGGCGGAUUACGUGUUCUAUCCGGAGAUUCCACCGGAUGAUAAUUGGCCCGAGCAACUUUGUAAUCAAUUAGAGUCGGUUAGAAAGUACGGAAAGCGGCAAAACGUGAUAAUCCUCGGCGAGGGUGUCACUAAUAGCAAGGGAAUGAAAAUUGGCGGGAAACAAAUCAAGGAGGAAAUCGAGACUCGUCUGCAGCUGGAAGUUCGUAUCGCUACACUUGGACAUCUUCAGAGAGGAGGAGCGCCGACGUUUCUCGACAGGCUUUUGGGAUUGAGAAUGGGAUACGAAGCUGUGCAAGAAGUCCUCAAAACCAGCGAGGAUCCCGGCUCCCAAAUAGUUGGCCAGAAAACGGUGGCUAAGGUGAUGUGUCUUCGAGGACACAACAUUGAGAGAAACGAGUUAUCCCGUGUGAUUCGUCAAAGUGAAUCUGCAAACGAUGAGACGAUUCAACGAAACUCCGACUUGGCUUGUAGGCUCCGUGGAUUUGGGUUUCUGGAUAAGCAGACUUAUUUGAAUUUCGUCUCCGCCCCACUCACCACCAUCAUGCCAUCCAAAUCAAAAGUGUUCGCUGUAAUCCACAUAGGAUCCCCGUGCGCUGGAAUGAACGCUGCCACAUUUUCCUUCGUCCGAAUGGCGAAUCACUCUGGAAUUCAAGUGCUUGGAAUCAAGAACGGUUGGGACGGUCUCAAGAAUGGAGAUGUCAAAAUGUUGACAUGGGAGAAUGUUCAAGGAUGGGCACAGGCCGGGGGUAGUAUGCUCGGAGCAAAAAGACAACUGCCGUCGGAUAUGGAUCAGAUUGCAGAGGGACUCAAUACCCAUAAUGUGGAUGGAUUGUUGAUUAUCGGAGGGUUUAUGGCGUUUCAGUCGGCGCUGAUUUUCCAAAAGUUGAGAGGAGAAUACACGUGUCUGAGUAUUCCGAUUGUGGUGAUUCCAGCCACGAUUUCUAAUAAUUGUCCAGGGACUUGCAUGUCACUUGGUGUCGACACGGCACUCAAUGAGAUUUGUCGUCAAGUGGAUAAUAUUAGUCAGAAUGCGAUGGGAAGUAAGAAUAAAGUGAUGAUUAUCGAAACGAUGGGUUCUCGCUCUGGAUUCCUUGCCACCAUGACUGCCCUAGCCACCGGUUCACAGUUUUCCCUUAUCCGUCAAGUUGAGACAAAUGAGGUGGACCUCCAGAAACUCGCCGUUGAAACUAAGCACCGUCUGGAUACGGGAAGUCUCGAAAAGUUUCUAUUGAUCCGUUCGGAAGGUGCAAGUGAUCACAUUCACGCAGCAAAUGUUCGAAAGAUAUUCGAGAAGGUGAUGGACAACAAGUACGGAGUCCGUAUCACGAAUCUUGGAUACAGUCAACUCGGAGGCCACCCGUCGUGUUUCGAUCGUCAAAUGGGUAUCCGAAUGGGAGUCAGGGCAUUCGAAGCAGUCGUGAAUCCGGCGAAGAUGGGAAAGAGAGAUUGUUGUGUGAUCGGCCUGAGAGGAAGUAGUCUGAGAUAUGUCCCGGUUCAAGGACUCGAGAACAAGGUGUGCUUCGAUCAUGGAAUACCGUUGCAUAUGUGGUGGUUGGAGUUGCAUCCGCUCGUCGAGGCGAUGACUAAAAAACCGGACCAACUAUCAGUCAAUGUCACCACGAUGAAAUAA